AUGGGCCGCUACGAGCUUGAGUAUCCCAAGGACGCAACCAAUCUCGUCAAGAGACAUGGCGAACGAGGCAUCUAUGCUCUCGAAAAAAUCCAUUCCCUCAUCAACUCCAGCCAGCUCAUCCACGUCUCAUUCAAUGUACCCAACUCCCCCUUCCCCGUCACUCUCCCCAUGAUCGGGCAAAUGGGCUCCUUUGAUCGACCAUCCGCCAGCCUAGGCGACCCUCUGGACCUUUAUAUCCAUGGUUACGUCUCCUCGCGCCUCUUCAAUCUCGGCCGCGGAGCCAGCGAAGAAGGCCUGCCCAUCUCCUGCACCGUCUCCCACGUUGACGGCCUUAUUCUCGCCCUCUCGGCCUUCAACCACAGCUACAACUACCGCUCAGCCUUACUUUUCGGGCACGCCACACUCGUCGAAGAUCAAGAGGAGAAAUUAUACGCCAUGGAACUCAUUACCAAUUCCGUUGUGCCAGAUCGCUGGAAGAACAGCCGCCUGCCACCUACCAAUGCUGAAAUGCAGAGUACCAGCAUUCUCAAGGUGAAAAUCGCUUCGGGGAGUGCCAAGUUUCGCGAUGGCGGGGUUUCAGACGACAAACACGAUUUGGAGAAUGAGGAUGCGCUGAACUCUGUGUGGACUGGUGUUGUGCCUAUUUAUUCCACCAUGGGUGAGCCGAUUCCCGGCCCAUAUAACCGUGUGGAUUUACCAGCAUAUGCCAAGGAGUUUUUUGACGAAUUUAGCGCGGAGAAUAAGAAGCAGAGUUUGGAAGCGGCGAACAAGAAGAACGAGUAG